AUGAGCGGAACACCUGAUUUCUUCUACAGAGAAGCCCAGCGCCUCGGCUAUGUUGCUCGCUCUGCCUUCAAGUUGAGUCAGAUGCAGAAGCAGUACAAAAUCAUAACCCCAGGAUCUUCUGUUCUCGAUCUUGGUUGUGCUCCUGGUGCUUGGCUUCAGGUGGCCUGUCAGAAUUUGGGACCUUCGGAAAAGGGCGGAGUAGUUGUUGGAGUUGAUGUUAAGAAGGUGAAGGUCCCAUCCAAGUAUUGUGAUGCAAGGGUUAAAACAGUUUGUGCUGAUGUGUUGAAACUAACAAGAGACCACGUUAGAGCACUCUCUCCUCAGGAAAAAGGAUUUAGCGUCAUACUCUCUGAUAUGUGCCCGUUAGUAUCUGGAAUCACAAGUAGAGAUGCAGCUUUUUCUGCCCAACUCGGGAUGCGAGCCCUUGAUCUGGCAGUCGGGAGGGCUGCUGUUGCCCUUGACUGCACAGACACUAAUAAUAGCAUUAAUAAUUUGUUAUCUGUGGAAGUGGAAUCAGAUAGUUCAUGCUCGGCUUCGAAUGCCAAUGGUGUGCUUCGAACAGGAGGCCACCUUAUCAUUAAGCUUCUUGAAAGUGAAGACGUAAAAGUCUGGAACCCAACGUCACAGCCACCGGGACCCGACCUCGCGAGAACCGACCUCCACCGGUGCCUACCUCACAGCCGAGACCUCCGCUUAGCCACCGGGACCCGACCUCGCAAGCCGACGCCGACCUUGGUGCGGGACCAACGCCGGGCAGCCGACCUCGUCACCUACCACCGAGCUGCAUCACCCAACCAGACUCGACAUCAUCUUCUCCGAAAUCACUUCGGCCUCUCCGACUUCAGCCCGAGACCAACACAAAGCCGCCAGGCUGAUCUUGCAAAUGCCGAACUCGAUUUCACAACCGGAUCUCUGACCUCACAAUUGCCGAACAGAGUCGCAUGA